CCAGGGGGCCGUCUCCGCCACCUCCGCCACCUCCCGCCGGGGUGUUCCUGGACUAUGCCUCGCCGGAAUGCCCAACUGCCCGACCCCCGGCCUACGCAGGAGAUCCUAGCCCAGCCAUAUCGGAACGCAAUGUCUUGACUGGGAGUGGCUCCAGCCCGUGUGUCCCAACUCCUCCUCAUACUGGGAGGCCCGACCCAGAUGUCCCCUAAGAACGUCUGAUAGGCCUCUCCUGCCAGGGUCCCUGCUACCUGUUACCCCCACCUCCAUUCAGGCCAGACAGGUGACCUCGCUCACCUUCCUUGGGAUGGCACCUCUGGCGGGGAGAGGGCGUCCUCCCUGGGCUCUGCUGUCAGGGGCGUGGGCCGGUAUGCCUACAGCUGGGGCCUGAUAAGUCAGCGGAAAGGGGGCAGGCUGCCUUGGGGUUGGGGCAGGGAACGUUCCCCACUUUCCAGGGGGAAACUGAGGCUCAGAAAGGUUUAAUAUCACCGCCUAGGGGCUGGAACUCAGGCCUCUGGCAACAACCAUAUCCAUACUGCCCUUCCCUCCAGAGCAGCCUAGGCUGCAGGGGGGCUCCACUCCCACCCCAAGGCACUUUAAGAGUCCCCACUGAAACUUUCCAACAACUUCCUCCUACAUAGGGUGGCUUCUCACGGGCUAGCUGUGCCACAGUGAGGGUCCGCUGCCCCUCACCCAGGGGACCUGAGCCCUGGCCCCACCCCCAUUCCUGGGUCUCAGGUCAGGCCCCAGCAGGCCUGGAGUGGGGGUGUGGAACCAGGGCCACCCAAUCCCGUAGGGACAGGUUUCACAAUUUCCCGGAUGGGGCUGUGGUGGAUCACAGUGCAGUCUCCAGCCAGGAGGAUGGGGUGGCUCCUACUCCUGCUCCUUUUGAUGCAGUGCUCAGGGACCCCCGGGCAGCGCUCACCUUUGAAUGACUUCCAGACACUCCGGGGUACAGAGCUGCAACACCUGCUACACGCAGAGGGGCCCAGGCCUUGGCAAGAGGAUGUGGCAGAUGCUGAGGAGUGUGCAAGGCGCUGCGGGCCUCUACUGGACUGCAGGGCCUUCCACUACAACGUGAGCAGCCAUGGUUGCCAGCUGCUGCCAUGGACUCAGGAUUCACCCCACACACAGCUGCAGCGUUCAGGGCGCUGUGAUCUUUUCCAAAAGAAAGACUAUGUGCAGACCUGCAUCAUGGAUAAUGGGGUCAAGUAUCGGGGCACUGUGGCCAUCACCACAGGUGGCCUACCUUGCCAGCACUGGAGCCACAGGUUCCCCAAUGACCACAGGUACAUGCCUACACUCCGGAACGGCUUAGAGGAGAACUUCUGCCGCAACCCGGAUGGAGACCCCAGAGGGCCAUGGUGCUACACGACAGACCCUGCUGUGCGCUUCCAGAGCUGUGGCAUCAAGUCCUGCCGGGAGGCCGCUUGCAUUUGGUGCAAUGGCGAGGAUUACCGCGGCGCUGUGGACCACACCGAGUCAGGACGCGAGUGUCAGCGCUGGGACCUGCAGCGCCCGCACCCGCACCCCUUUGAGCCCGGCAAAUUCCUUGACAAAGACCUGGACGACAACUACUGCCGGAAUCCGGACGGCUCAGAGCGGCCCUGGUGCUAUACCACGGACCCGCAGGUGGAGCGAGAAUUCUGCGACCUCCCCCGCUGCGGGUCCGAGACACAACCGCGCCACGAAGCCACGACGCUCAAUUGCUUCCGCGGGAAGGGCGAGGGCUACCGGGGCACGGCCAACACUACCGCGGCGGGCGUGCCCUGCCAGCGUUGGGACGCACAGAGCCCUCAUCAACAUCGCUUUGCGCCCGAGAAAUACGCGUGCAAGGACCUUCGGGAGAACUUCUGCCGGAACCCCGACGGCUCGGAGGCGCCCUGGUGCUUCACAUCGCGGCCCGGAAUGCGGGUGGCCUUCUGCUACCAGAUCCGGCGCUGCACCGACGAUAUGCGGCCGGAGGACUGCUACCACGGCGCAGGGGAGCGGUACCGCGGCUCGAUCAGCAGGACUCGCAAGGGCAUCCUGUGCCAGCGCUGGUCCGCAGAGACUCCACACAAACCGCAGUUCACGCCCAGCUCCGCUCCACACGCACACCUGGAGGAGAACUUCUGCCGGAACCCAGACGGGGAUAGUCACGGUCCCUGGUGCUACACUACAGACCCCGGGACUCCGUUCGACUACUGUGCACUGCAGCCCUGCGAUGAUGACCAACCACCGUCCAUUCUGGAGCCCCCAGACCAGGUGCUGUUUGAGAAGUGUGGUAAGAGGGUGCCUCCCCUGGACCAGCAUCGCUCCAAGCUGCGUGUGGUGGGGGGCCAGCCUGGAAUCUCACCCUGGACAGUCAGCUUGCGCAAUCGGCAGGGCCAGCAUUUCUGUGGGGGGUCCCUAGUGAAGGAACAGUGGGUACUGACUGCCCGGCAGUGCUUCUCCUCCUGCCAUGUGCCUCUCACAGGCUAUGAGGUGUGGUUGGGCACCAUGUUCCAGAACCCGCAGCCUGGGGACCCAGGCCUGCAGCGAGUCCCAGUGGCCAAGUUGGUGUGUGGGCCUUCAGGCUCCCAGCUUGUUCUGCUCAAGCUGGAGAGACCUGCGACCCUGAACCAGCAUGUGGCCCUGAUCUGCUUGCCCCCUGAGCGGUAUGUGGUACCUCCAGAGACCAAGUGUGAGAUUGCAGGCUGGGGUGAGACCAAAGAUACAGGGAACAAUGCGGUGCUAAAUGUGGCUUCGCUGACUGUCAUCUCCAAUCAGGAAUGUAAUAUCAAACACCGAGGACGCGUACGCGAGAGUGAGAUGUGCACUAAGGCACUGCUGGUCCCUGUGGGUGCCUGUGAGGGUGACUACGGGGGCCCACUUGCCUGCUUUACCCAUGACUGUUGGGUUCUGGAGGGAAUUAUAAUCCCCAACCGAGUGUGUGCACGGCCCCGCUGGCCAGCCAUUUUCAUGCGUGUCUCUGUGUUUGUGGACUGGAUUCACAAGGUCAUACGGCUGGGCUAGGCCCGGCCUCAAUCCCAUGUACCUUGGGAAGGACGGAGCUUCCUGUCAGACAUAAAGCCACUUUUCCUCUUUA